CAUCAUGACAUAAUAUCUGGUCUCCUGCCCCAUCCUGCUGGAUAAGUUUCCUGUUUUCUCUUGGUCCAUAUACAUGUGACUCCAGGCAUUUAUCAUCUACCUAGUGAGGUACAGCGUCCUGGGAUGCCAUCAGGAGCUCGAAUGCCCCAUCAGGGGACUCCCAUGGGUCCUCCAGGUCCCCCAUAUGUUGGAAGCCCCUCAGUGCGACCAGGAAUGCCCCAGACUGUGAUGGAAACAACGAGAAAGCGCACUGCACCCCAGCAAGUCCAGCAGCAACAGGUGCAGCAGCAAGUACAGCAGCAGCAGCAAGCCACUCAGAACCGAACCAGGAGUGCCAAGAGGAGGAAGAUGGCUGACAAAAUUCUCCCUCAGAGGAUCCGGGAGCUGGUUCCUGAGUCCCAGGCCUACAUGGAUCUGUUGGCUUUUGAACGCAAACUAGACCAGACGAUUAUGCGGAAGCGUGUGGAUAUUCAGGAAGCACUGAAGAGGCCAAUGAAGCAAAAGCGGAAACUGAGACUUUACAUCUCCAACACUUUUAAUCCUGCAAAAUCUGAUGCGGAUGACUCUGAUGGCAGCAUUGCAUCGUGGGAGCUGCGAGUGGAGGGGAAGCUCCUGGAUGAUCUCAGUAAACAGAAGCGUAAGUUUUCCUCCUUUUUUAAGAGUUUGGUCAUUGAACUGGACAAAGACCUUUAUGGACCUGAUAACCAUCUUGUGGAGUGGCACAGAACUCCGACAACCCAGGAGACUGAUGGCUUCCAGGUGAAAAGACCUGGGGAUGUGAGUGUGCGAUGCACAUUACUACUCAUGUUGGAUUACCAGCCUCCACAGUUUAAGUUGGAUCCACGAUUAGCCCGUUUGCUGGGAAUACACACACAGACCCGAUCAGCCAUCAUCCAGGCUCUCUGGCAGUACAUCAAAACAAAUAAGCUGCAAGACUCCCAUGAUAAGGAAUACAUUAACUGCGACAAAUACUUCCAGCAGAUCUUUGACUGUCCAAGGCUAAAGUUUUCUGAAAUUCCCCAGAGACUCACGAACCUGUUGCUGCCACCAGACCCUAUUGUGAUAAACCACAUUAUCAGUGUUGACCCCAACGAUCAGAAGAAAACAGCUUGUUAUGACAUAGAUGUAGAGGUUGAAGACCCAUUAAAGGGACAGAUGAGUAGUUUUCUUCUUUCAACAGCCAAUCAACAGGAGAUUACAGCAUUGGACAACAAGAUUCAUGAGACAAUUGAAUCCAUAAAUCAGUUAAAAAUACAACGUGAUUUCAUGCUGAGUUUCUCAAAAGAUCCCAAAGGAUACAUUCAGGACCUUCUCCGAUCCCAAAGUAGGGAUCUUAAGGUGAUGACUGAUGUGGUUGGAAACCCAGAAGAAGAACGUAGAGCUGAAUUUUAUCACGAGCCAUGGUCCCAAGAGGCUGUGAGCAGAUAUUUCUAUUGCAAGAUCCAGCAACGCCGUCAGGAGCUGGAACAGUCUCUGGGAGUGCGUAACACAUAAGCCCUGCUCACGAGAUCCCAUUGGCAUCUUGACCACAGAACUAGUGGACUUAAUGAGUGUUACUUAGCUCACUGUUACACAUGGACCUACUUCCUGACUGAAUGAGCACGUGCCAUCAGCAUACCGGUCAGGACACCAGCUUUAGAGUGACCCUUGAAAAUCCGGCCCAUGGGGGUGUGUCUCAAACCACUCCAGGCCAGAGAUAGCAGAAGAUUUCUGUGCUCCAUGCAGGUGUCAAUAUCAAAGAAGAUUAAAGGUUCAUUCAUUACUUUUCAUCAUUAAUUUUUAGUGGAAAGUUUAGACGCUACACAACUUGGGGCCAUAUUGGACUUUGCCAUAGAGUCUAGGUGGUACGAGUCAGAGGGAGGUUGAGAUGGGAGUUAAAGGACACUACAGAUGUAGAAAAAGGCUAUUCUCAUCCCAUGUUGUUUUAGUUGUUACCUAAGAGUGUCACAUAGUAACUUCACUGGAGUUAGAAAAGAUAGUCCUUCUUAUAGCUGUGGAAUGCUUUAAUUCCCAAACAAGAGUUUCCAUUCCAGACGGAGCAGUGGAAGAGACCAUCUCGCCUUGUGAAAGAGCAACAUAGGAGGUUUUUCAUUCCUGAAAUGAAGAACCUGUCUGAAAGACAGAAUUGUAGUCUAGACAUUUCUUCUGCAAAUGCUUAACACUCCUUCUUUCCCCUGCCCCUGCAGUGAAAGAUGAACUGAAAUACAUAUCACCAGACAGUCUGGAUAUUCUUGAGUGUGAUCAAUGUGCCAUAUCGAGAAGAGGAGGUUUGUCCCCAGGGUAAGAGCCUCUUAGGCAUCCUCAAUCUCCCCAGGGUUAACAAAGCUGAGGUUGAAGCAAAAAUGAGACAUUCUGAAAACUGAAAGUAACUUAAUGGUGCUUUGUUGAUAUCUGCCUUGAGCACAGCAAAUAUUUACAAUAGGCAUAUAAGUAAAACAGAAGAUUAUUAAAUUUUACUCUCGGUGCAUGCCAUUAGGGAUCAGCACUGAGAAGAAUUUCCUUAAUUGUAACUUGAUGCAGAGUCUAAGCGGUACAACUUCAUAUAACGAUGUUCUCUUUCCUUCAGGGCAUUAGGAGACUCCCUAGAUUGGCCUCACAUUCUGAUCAUAGGUGAACUGCCUCUUCCCAUGAAUUAUUAAGUUGUCCGUACUUCAUAUUUACUGUUUUUGUAGGAUGCAGUUGAAUUAUAAAGCACAGUCAGCAUUCAAUAGCAUGGAUGAAGCAUCCUUUGGAAGCAGUCUUUGUAAAUGUACAGCAAAUUCAGACUGUGGAAAUUGCACUGUAUUUACUUGGAAGCAGUGACAUCUGCACCCAACUCCCCAAGUUUUUAAAUUCAUAGAUUAGCUUGUAAUUAAUGACCCAGUGUGAUUUUUAGUUCAAAAAGCAGCUGCCAAAGUAUAGCUUUGUGUUCUUGAAGAUGCAAUCUAGAAGAGGAUUUUGAUGCUACACCUUUCUUUCACUUUCAUGGAAACAGACUAAGUUUGUAUGGGGUGAAGGGAGGAGGCUCUUCUGAGUAAUAUGCUUUGCUGUAAUAUUGUACUUCUCUACUGUCUUUGCCAAUUUCAUAGUUGAAUGAAAAGAUUUCUUCUGUCCGGUCACAAAGUUUUCCCUCUUUCUUUAAUGCCUCUGCUUCCAUAUUAGCAGUGCUGUAGUUUUCUCUCUGUUCACUUUCACUGUGUUCAGAAAAAAUCUUGAAAAUUUUACACUUUAUGGCAGUACCAUCAUGCACAUCCAUUUGUGUAGGAAAAAAGCACAGCUGUACUCUUGGCCCUGAGCAUUGAGGCCUUUUACUAGGAAUGGCUUGGUCUGGAUUUUUUUGUGUGUGUGUGUUGAAAUGCUUUCUUAUGUUUAAACAUGAAAUCCUUCAGCCUUAAAGCUGAGUCUAGUAAGGGACUGUGAGGUUGCCAGACAGUAAGUGUCAUUCAGACCUUCUUUAAUUUAAGAGUCCAUUAACUGGACUACAAGCAAGCAUCACGAAGGAAACCAGUGGGGGUCACCUGCUGCUGUGCUUCCAUAGUUAUUACACUGCUGCCUCAGUUGUGUGCAUGCUGUCCAGUGUAUAAAUCUCUUUCUGUUUGUGGCAAACGGAGCAACUACAGUCAGGGGAUGAAUUCAGUCUCCAGGAAUAAGAAAUGCAGAAUAAUAUAUGUAGGGAUGUGAGAUGGGUGUAGGUCUGGAAUAGAUGUCUGCAGGAUGUCUGCUGGGAAAAUUUAUUUUUAGGGACUUUCCCAUUCAAGUGGCACAUACUUGUGUGG